CUAAAAUAAAAAUAAAAAUAAAAAUAAAAUCCGCCAAAAGAGGGUGGGGGAAGUUUACUGAGAAGUUGAGAACGAGAGAGUCGGUCAUGGAAAAAUAGCUGGAUUUCUCAGACGACGCCUGGAAGCCCCAACCGUUUGCCCUCUCUUUCUUCCCCGAAUCACAUAGUCGUCCCACUCUCUCACAGUCCGUCAUUCGAUACGGAGGAUAAAGAAUUCUUGGAAUCUCGGGGAAAUAAGAAGAAGGGGAAAAAAAAAAAAAAAAAAAAGAUUCCGGGAUUUGGAUGAGAAGGCGAAAUGGCAUCUUCCAUGGAUGAAGUGGUGGAAGAUAUUAUGCGAAUUCACAGAUCUUUACCGAGCAGACCGGCUAUCGACGAGGUGGAGGCCGCCAAGGCCUUGAUCAGAAAUGUGGACAAAGAAGACCAAGUGAGACUUGAUGCCAUUGCAAGACAAAUCAAGAGCCCCGAAGUACCGGAGGAGCUCUUCGUUGUGUUGCAAGAGAUGCGUAAGAGCUUGGCCUUUUUCCACGGUAAAGAUCAAAAGAGGGAAGCUUUGAGACUCCUCGAUCUCGAAAACCUCCACUCUCUGUUCGACGAAUUCAUUCAGAGAGCUUCCAAUUGUGUGCCUUCGACGAUUUCUGGCGGAGGCGGAAGUUUCUCUUAUAAACCCAAUUCAUCUGCGGCUACUUCUAAUUCGUCGUCGAGCUUGUACUACUCCGAGAAAGAACCCGUAAGGACUUCUGAAUUGUUCACCAAAGAUGACAGCUUUGUGAACAAAGCCAGGUCGACAUUCUACGUGGACGGCAUUGGGAUUGGACCCAGUGUCUCGUCCAAUGCCCAGAUAUUGGACCCUUCUUUAAAACCUCCUACCACUUCUUCAGGUCAAGAUGGAGAAAAACUGAGUUUGAUAAAGCUGGCUAGUUUAAUUGAAGUGUGGUCUAAAAAAGGCACUCGAGAUCUUAAUCUUCAGAAUAAGUUGAUGGAUCAAAUCGAAUGGCUGCCCGAUUCAAUAGGAAAGUUGUCCGGUCUGAUCACCCUAGAUUUAUCUGACAACCGGAUUGUGGCCCUACCAGCCUCCGUUGGAGGCCUUUCAUCCUUGACAAAAUUGGAUUUGCAUUCAAAUAGGGUCUCUGAACUCCCAGAUUCUAUUGGAGAUCUCCUUAGCCUAAUCUAUCUAGACCUAAGUGGUAACCAGUUGUCAUCUCUACCUGCGACCUUUGGCAGAUUGGUACGUCUUCAGGAGCUUGAUUUGAGCUCAAAUAAGCUCUCGUUGCUUCACGAAUCAAUAGGAUCACUCGUCAGCCUCAAGAAAUUGAAUGUAGAGACAAAUGAUAUUGAAGAAAUCCCACAUAGCAUUGGUCGGUGUACUUCGCUUAGGGAGCUUUGUGCAGAUUAUAACCGACUUAAAGCUCUUCCAGAAGCUGUUGGGAAGAUUGAGACCCUGGAGGUUUUGUCAGUCCGUUACAACAAUAUCAAACAAUUGCCUACAACAAUGUCAUCUCUAUCAAACCUGAGGGAGCUUGAUGUCAGUUUCAAUGAGCUCGAGUCAGUGCCUGAGAGCCUAUGUUUUGCUACUAAACUUGUCAAGAUGAACGUCGGAAACAAUUUUGCAGACAUGAGAUCUCUACCAAGGUCUAUUGGAAACCUUGAGAUGCUUGAAGAAUUGGAUAUUAGUAAUAACCAGAUACGGGUGCUUCCAGACUCGUUUAGAAUGCUCACAAGACUACGUAUACUACGUGUGGAAGAAAAUCCUCUGGAAGUUCCACCGAGAAAUAUAGCUGAAACGGGUGCACAGGCUGUUGUUCGAUUCAUGGCCGACCUCUUUGACAAAGGGGAAAAAGGGGAUGUUAAAUCCCAAUCUGUUAAGCAGAAAAAGGGUUGGGCUCAGAUAUGCUUCUUUUCGAGGUCUAACAAAAGGAAGCGAAAUAGUGCAGAUUAUGUGAAAGCCUGAUUGAUUACAGCAACAUUGCUGACUAGAAAUGUGACGCGAUCUUUCUGUUAGUAAGUGGUCGCAUCGCUUCCUGAACUACUUGUAAGACCAUAUAGACAGAUUUUGAUAUAUUUAUAGUGCUAAGUCUUACCAAAUGCAUCCUUUGGCCCUUGAUUGUGCCACUGCCAGCUUAAAAGUAGCAUAAAUAAUCAAUGUAGAUGGUAACUAAUGAGGAUGAUGUCAUAAAUAUCCGGUGGACCUUCUUCCUGAAUGCUUACACUGUCCUCCAAAUUACAGGGAUAUCAACCAAUAGCGUGGUCGAUGAAAGAAGAAAUCUCACUGCAAUGACUCUGCAUCUGGUAUGGGUGGGGUUUUCAAAAUGUCUUUUGAGUUUUAUGUCUCAAGUUGUAGAUUUCUUUCAUUCUCCUGCCUUUUUUUGCCAUUAUAUUUUUCUAAUUCGUUCUCUUCUAUUACUGUUACCCAUGAGCAUGUAAAAUUUAAACCGCAAGAAGAGAUUUUCUUUUUUUGGGGGGAGCGGGGGCUUAAUAAUGUUGUAUUGUUCAUUUCUCUCCUAUUGUUCAUGAAAUUUGAGUGUAACAUUUCUACCA